GCGACGGGCGCCCCUGGCCCCGCGGCGUGGGCGCAGGAGGCGUGCCCUGGGAAGGAGCGGCCGCCGGGACCAGAGCGGAGCGCAGGGGAGGGGAGGGAAGGGGCCGAGGGUGCCGGGGAGGAGGGCUCUGCGAGUGAUGUCAGGUCGACUCUCCAGGUUCAUUUCCAUAGCUCCCUGCAGCCUCUGCCUGGGAGUUAUGUUUGGUUACCGAGAUCUGCGCUACCAAAUUGCACCGGGGUUGAUUUGGGGGCUGGGAAUUUGCCAUUCCGCUGUACAGACACUGAUUUUUUAAAAAAGCAAGAUUUUAGGUGAUGGGAAGAUCGGAAAGUCAGAUGGAUAUAACUGAUAUCAACACUCCAAAGCCAAAGAAGCCGAGAUGGACCCCCCUGGAGAUCAGCCUCUCGGUCCUCGUCCUGCUGCUCACCAUCAUAGCCGUGACCAUGAUCGCGCUCUACGCAACCUAUGACGAUGGCGUUUGCAAAUCAUCAGACUGCAUCAAAUCAGCUGCUCGACUGAUCCAGAACAUGGAUGCCACAGCUGAGCCUUGUACAGACUUUUUCAAAUACGCCUGUGGUGGCUGGUUGAAGCGCAACGUCAUUCCUGAGACCAGUUCCCGGUACAGCAACUUUGACAUUUUAAGAGAUGAGCUGGAAGUUAUUCUCAAAGAUGUCCUCCAGGAGCCCAAAACUGAAGAUAUAGUCGCAGUGCAGAAAGCCAAAACAUUGUACAGGUCUUGUGUCAAUGAGACUGCUAUUGAUAGGAGAGGCGGGCAGCCUCUGCUCAAACUGUUACCAGAUAUUUAUGGGUGGCCCGUAGCAACAGAAAACUGGGAACAAACAUACGGUGCAUCUUGGACAGCUGAGAAAUCUAUUGCACAAUUGAAUUCUAAAUAUGGGAAAAAAGUCCUCAUUAAUUUUUUUAUUGGCACGGAUGAUAAGAACUCCACACACCAUAUAAUUCAUUUCGACCAACCUCGACUUGGCCUCCCUUCCAUGGACUACUAUGAAUGCACCGGAAUCUACAAAGAGGCGUGUACAGCAUAUGUGGAUUUUAUGAUUUCUGUGGCCAAAUUGAUUCGUCUGGAAGAAGGAUUGCCUAUUGAUGAAAAGCAGAUUUCUUCAGAAAUGAAUAGAGUUAUGGAAUUGGAAAAAGAAAUUGCCAAUGCAACGUCUAAACCUGAAGAUCGAAAUGACCCAAUGGCUCUCUAUAACAAAAUGACACUGGCCCAGAUGCAGAAUAACUUUUCACUAGAGAUCAAUGGGAAGCCUUUCAGCUGGUCAGAUUUCACAAACGAAAUCAUGUCAACUGUGAAUAUUAGUAUUCCAAAUGAGGAAGAUGUGGUUGUUUAUGCUCCAGAAUAUUUAACCAAACUUAAGCCUAUUCUUACCAAAUAUUCUGCCAGAGAUCUUCAAAAUUUAAUGUCCUGGAGGUUCAUAAUGGAUCUUGUAAGCAGCCUCAACCGAACCUACAAGGAGUCCAGAAAUGCUUUCCGCAAGGCCAUUUAUGGCACAACAGCCGAAACCGCCACCUGGAGACGCUGCGCAAACUAUGUCAACGGGAAUAUGGAAAACGCGGUGGGAAGGCUGUAUGUGGAGGCAGCGUUUGCUGGGGAGAGUAAGCACGUGGUUGAGGAUUUGAUUGCACAGAUCCGGGAAGUGUUUAUUCAGACUUUAGAUGACCUCACGUGGAUGGAUGCUGAAACGAAAAAGAGAGCUGAAGAAAAGGCCUUGGCAAUUAAAGAAAGGAUCGGCUACCCUGAUGACAUUGUUUCAAAUGAUAACAAACUGAAUAAUGAAUACCUCCAGUUGAACUACAAAGAAGAUGAAUACUUUGAGAACAUAAUUCAAAAUUUGAAAUUCAUCCAAAGUAAACAGCUGAAGAAGCUCCGGGAAAAGGUGGACAAGGACGAGUGGAUAAGCGGAGCAGCCGUGGUCAAUGCCUUUUAUUCUUCAGGCAGAAACCAGAUAGUCUUCCCAGCGGGGAUCCUGCAGCCCCCCUUCUUCAGUGCCCACCAGUCCAACUCGCUGAACUACGGGGGCAUCGGCAUGGUCAUUGGACACGAGAUCACCCAUGGCUUCGAUGAUAAUGGCAGGAAUUUUAACAAAGAUGGCGAUCUCGUUGACUGGUGGACGCCACAGUCUGCACAUAACUUCAAAGAGCUGUCCCAGUGCAUGGUGCACCAGUACGGAAACUUCACCUGGGACCUGGCAGGCGGGCAGCACCUCAAUGGACUUAAUACACUGGGAGAAAACAUUGCCGAUAAUGGAGGCAUUGGCCAGGCCUACAGAGCCUAUCAGAAUUAUGUUAAAAAGAAUGGUGAAGAGAAGUUACUUCCUGGACUUGACCUGAAUCACAGACAACUGUUCUUCUUGAACUUUGCCCAGGUGUGGUGUGGGAUCUACAGACCAGAGUAUGCCGUCAACUCCAUUAAAACAGAUGUGCACAGUCCAGGCAAUUUCAGGAUUAUUGGGACAUUGCAGAACUCGGCAGAGUUUUCAGAAGCCUUUCAUUGCCGCAAGAACUCCUACAUGAACCCAGAGAAGAAAUGCCGAGUCUGGUGAUCUUCCCAAGAAGCAGCACAGCUCUUGGCUGGACUCGUCAACAGCACAGAAGACUGGAACAUUCUAGCCAAGAGAACAGGGGCCUCUAGGUCACUGCAGUUACCUGGAGGGAUUCACAGAGAUGAGAACUUCACCAUACCAAUCAAACUAGGUUCUUCUGGAAAGGGUGUGGAGCCGGAGGGGUCCAAGGCCUGUCAAACCAAUCGUGUCACUGUGUAAAUACUGCUUCAUUUCUAAAGAUGAUCUUACCAUUCAUUUCUGUUUCUCUUGUGAUCUGCCAGUUUUCUGUCCCUAGGAAACUUGACCACUUGAGCCAGACCUUCUCAUCAAAGAGAAAAAGAAGGGGUUCAAUACAGUGGGCACCAAAAGCAUGGCCACCACAUGCUGGUUUAAAACACACGGCCAGUGCUUCUCUUUACCUUUAUUUGYAAUAUUUAUGCUCUUCAAAACUCUUCCAAAGAAUUCUUAUGCAUUUGGGGGCCUUGGAAUGGACAUAGUUUUUCCAUAUAUCAGUUAUUCAUUCAGCCUUCAUUUUAUUCUAAGCACUCUUAGGGCAAAACUGAAUGCCCCAAACUGUUUUUGGUUAUAUCUGUCUUACUGAUAACAGAGAUUCUUGGGGCCCCUGCAAUUUUGUAAACAAUUUCUUGCUCUCUCUGUCUCUCAACACUUGGUCUUUUUAAGGGAUUUCUAGUAAUGUAUAAAUAAUAAUUUUUAUAUUUAAUUAAUUACAUUUACAACCAAGUAACUGUUAUUAUAGGUAAUCAUGGAAUAUUAAAGUUUCUCACCAAGAUAAGCAGUUAUGAACCAAGAUCCGUUAAGCGUUGUGCAGAUGAAAAUGUGAGACUUUAAAAAUUUAUCAAUGGAUGGAAAGCUUUAAGCACAAACUUUCAGGACAGAGAUGCCACUGAACAGUGGUGUGGAGAUGGAUGAUGCUUGUGGGUCACAAGCAGGAUUUUCCAAAGCAAAUCUGUCCCUGAGGGUGGCUGAGACAGAAGGGCAGAACUGCCCAUGUACCUCUGCUCGGGUUUGUCAUCUGAUGCAGAUCCUUUGGUAAUAAGUUGAAGUUGGGAGCCCAUUGCUCACAAGCCUGUGUGCGAGCCCCCUGGCUUCAGAACGUGAGGUGUGCUUCUGAGUGACAGUGGGAGGCCUCGGUGGGCCUGCUUAUGGAAUUCAUGUGGGUGGCACAGAGUUUUGGAGGGGAUACCUCUUCCCUAUGGGGAUCCAUCUCUUGAGACUUUAUGCUCCUCUCUAUUCCUGUCCUGUUGGCUAUUUCAGCUCAUUUCAUUUACCUGAUUAAAAUUUUACAAAAGAGGUGCACUUCCAAAGUCCUUAUUUUU